AUGGACAGGAAGUCCAGCGCCGGAAUGCACCGCGGGCACAGUGCGCUGCAGGGCCUGCUGCGCCGGCUGGGCGCCGGGUUUGAGGACGUGUUCCACACCGGCGCCUCGUCCGCCGCCGGCGGCGGCGCGUACCACCCCGGCAACGCACGCGUACGCGCCGCGCUGGGCCAGCUGCGCUCCCACGACGCCGGCGAGCAGCUGGCUGGGCUGGCCGAGCUAUGCGAGUACCUGGCGGUGUCCACCGAGGAGAGCCUGCUCACCUUCCCCGUGGACACCGCAGUGCCCCUGCUGAUCAAGUGCCUGAACGAGGAGGGGGAGCCGGACGUCGCGCUCCUGGCGGCGCGCGCCCUGACCUUCCUGGCCGACGUCUCCGGCCCCGGCGGCGCGGCGUUGGUGCGCCACGGCGCCCCCGCCGCGCUGGUGGGCCGCCUGCUGAGCAUCGAGUACAUCGACCUGGCGGAGCAGGCGCUGCAGGCCCUGCAGAAGCUGGCGGGCGAGCACCCGGGCGCACUGCUGCGCGCCGGCGCGCUGGCGGCCGUGCUCGCCUACCUCGACUUUUUCCCCCUGAGCGUCCAGCGCGUGGCGGUGGACACCGCAGCUGCGCUUUGCCGCGCGCUGGGUGCCGACGCGCUGGAGGCCGCGGCCGCCGCGCUGCCGUCCCUGCUGGGCCUGCUCCAGUCGCAGGACGCGCGGCUGGCGGAGGGCGCGGGGCGCGCAGUCGCGCGCAUGGCCGAGCGCUACGCGCGCGACCGCGACGCGCUGGCCACGCUGUGCGCUCUGGGCCUGGUGGACGAGGCUGCGGGGGUGGUCGCGCUGAUCGAGGCGGUGUUGCCUGCAGGGGAGGACGGCGACGGGACGACGACGGAUGGGCAGCCCCCCCGGAGACUACCGCACGACCUCACCCUCUCCCUGCUCCCCGUGCUCCUGCGCGUGAGCGAGGCCGGCACCGGCGCGGGCCUGCGCCUGGCCGGCCUGCGCGCCCUUGCCACCGCGGCCGCCGCCUCGGAGCGCAGCGCGCUGCGCGCCGCGCUGCUCCCGCUCCCGGUCUCCUCCUCGCUGGCGCGCGCGCUGCGCUCCGGGGACGAGGGGGUCGUGGCCCAGGCCCUGCGCGCUGCCGAGCUGCUGCUGGACGCGAUGCCGGACGCCUGCCCCGCCGCCUUUGCGCGCGAGGGCGCCGUGCGCUGCCUGCGUGACUGCGCGGCCGCACUGCCCGAUGCGAGCGCAGUGGAGGGCCUGCUGGCGCGCCUGGCCUCGGGCGAGGACCAGGCGGUGUCGACCUACGAGCUUGGGAGCAGCGGGGCGCUGGACGCGCUGUGGCGCCACCUGCAAGGCAAGGACCUGGGGCAGGACGUGGGCGCCAGGCUGGCGCGCUGGUCCCAGUUCCUGAUCGCGGGGCAGCGCGCCUGCGCGGCCGCCGUUCCUGCCGCCGAUCCCUCCGGCGGCACGCACCUGGGGUCGCUGGUGCACCACGCGCUGGCGGCCCUGGAGGCCAGCGAGAAGCUGGCGGUGGGCCCCUCGGCCCCCGCCCCGCCGCCGGCCUCUUCCUCCUGGGCGCGGCUGGCGCGGUCGGCGCUGGGCCGCGGCGGCGGCGGCUCGACGGCCGACCAGGGGGCGCUGGCGGCCGGGCUGGAGACGCUGAGCACGCCGCUGAACCUCCGGCUGUGCCGUGCGCCGGGCGCGGAGGGCGCGGGGGUGCGCGACCACGGCGCCAGCGUCGUGUCCGUGGUGCCCAUGGUCACCCUGGACCAGGUGGAGGACUUUCUCUGGCUGCGGGUCAGGGACGAGCGCUCCGCACCGGCCUCGAGGGAGAGCCUCGGCGCGGCACUGGCGGAGGGGCCGCCCGAUCGCGGCGACUGGGCCUCCCGGCUCUGGAACGAGGUCCACCGCGUCACCUACCGCCUCUGGCGCGCCGGCGACGAGGACACGGGCGUCGCGCUCGAGGCGGGGUCUGGGCGUCCCGCCCGGCGCACGGCCUCACGCCGCCGCUCUGGCGCCGCUGACGACGCAGCGGUCACCGCUGCGCUGGCCUCCUCAGACGCCCCCCCGCGCGCGCUGGCGCACCUCUUUGCCGACGGCUUCGGCGAGGACGGGCGCCUGCUGGACCUGCCCCUGUCGCCGCUGAUGUGGCGCAUGGUGGCCGCUGUCGACGGCGCCGCCGCGGAGGGCCUGGCCCCAGACCUCGUGGAUCUGGAGACUGUGGACUCUGGCCUGGCGCAUGGCCUGCGCCGGCUGGAAAGCGCGGCCCGCGCCCCGGGCCCCGCGCGCGGCCUGGUGGACGGCGUCCCGCUCGCCGACCUCUACCUGCCCGCAGACCGGCUGCCGGGGUACCCCGGAUACCGCCUGGCCGGCGUGGAUGACGCGCCGGGUGCGUUGGUGGGCGUCGCCUCGGCGCCGCGCUACAUCGCGGCGGUGCUGGACGCGACGCUGGGCGCCGGUGUGGCGCGCCAGGUAGCCGCUUUCCGGGCUGGGUUCGCCGCCGUCCUGUCGCCGGACGUGCUCCUCCGGUUUCAGCCCGAGGAGCUGGAGCUCCUGCUCUGCGGGUCGGGCGAGGCGUGGACGGCGGAGGAGCUGCGAUCCGCCAUCCACUGCGACCACGGGUACACCCUGGCCUCCGCCCCUGUGCGCUGGCUGGUGGAGGGGGCUGCACUAGACGCGGAUGCCGACCUGCCCUCCGUCAUGACCUGCGCCAACUACAUCAAGCUGCCGCCCUACUCGUGCAAGGCCGUGCUGGAGGCGCGGCUGAUGUACGUGCUUGCGGAGGGCCAGGGCUCAUUCGACCUCUCCUAG